AUGCUUUACCUCUUUGGAAGUUAUGUCCUUACAGCAGAAGGCAUCGAUCUUGCAGAGUCACUGCAGUCACAGCUUAAGAAUGGAAGACCACUGCUAACGGCGAAGGAAACCAGAGAACCCCCGUUUGCUCCGCCGCUUCCUCCCCACCCAAGGACACUGCAUCACAGCCUUGGGACACGGACCGCGGCCGAAGGAACCCCGGCCCUCCCCUCGGCGGGGACACUGCCGCAGCCGCCCCGAGAGCCGCGCAGGUACCGGAACGCGCCGGGGAGGAAGCCCGAAGGAAGCCGAUCCCGUCCCGCAGCUCCCGAAGGAGGGGCGGACCAAGGCGGGCGCUCAGGCGAGGUGCGCACCCGCGAGUGCGGGAGAGCCGCAGCCACCCUGCGCCACCCCGGUCCCACCCGAGCGUGCAGCCACCCCCAGCCCUUCCCCCGUGAAAACACACACGGGCGGGCUGGCGGACUGACGGGCGUGCCCUCAAAUACACACUCCCGCCACCCCGGCCCAGUGCGCGGCUCGGGGGCUCUGCCGGGGCUGGGGCGCCCCCCUGGCACCGCCCCCCGCGCAGCGCCCCCCGCGCAGCGCCCCCCGCCGGCCGCCCCGCGCUACCUCCGCUCGCUGCCUCCGCCGCCGCCUCCUCCUCCCGGCCCGCGCCCGCGCGCCGCUUCCGCCCGCACCGCGCGCCCCAAGCCCCGCCCCCGCCGCGGCCCGCGCCCCCCCGCCCGCCCUCCCGGCGCCGCGGCCGCCCCCCAGCGGCGGGAGGGAGCAGCGGCAGCGGCGUGA